AUGGCAGAUGCCUUAUUUGGAGAUUCAAUGGAGCAUCCAAUUAGUAUUAGUGAACCCAUUAACUUGCCGGGAGAUGACGUUUGGAAAUUCAUUGAUCUGGAAAAGGUGGGAAUCCCUCCUUGGGGAAUCAAUGGCUCUAAACUGAUUCUAACAAGUCGGUUGAAACAUGUGCUUCAACAGAUGGAUUGUCCCACAAGUAAUAUAAUAACAAUGCAUCCUCUCUGUCACAGUGAAGGUUUGGAGUUAUUUCUUUUAAGACUUGGUGAAGACAAAACACCUGCAACCUUUCCUCCUAACAUAUUAAAGAUUGCAGAAUCUAUUGCAUGGGAAUGCGAUGGUUUACCACUUGCAAUCAGUGUAAUGGCUAGAACCAUGAAAGGGAUUCAUAACAUUCAACAGUGGAGACAUGCAUUGAAUAAACUCGGAAGAUUGGAGAUGGGGACAGAGAUGGAAGAAGAGGUAUUCAAAAUAUUAAAACUGAGCUAUGAUAACUUAAUGGAUCGUUGCUUGCAAAAUUGUCUCUUGCAUUGUGCAUCAUACUCUGAUAUCACUAGAGAUAAUAUGAUAAUGAAGCUUGUUACAAGUGGAGCCAUAAAUGGAAGGAGCUUGAGAGAAAUUUAUGAUGAUGGGCAUUCCAUACUGAAUCAACUUCAAGAUCAUUCUUUAUUGUCUGAAAAUAAAAGGUAUCUGAGGAUGCAGAAUUCCAUGAGAAACAUGGCAUGUCAUAUACUGAAAGAAUCUCAGAGAUGCAUAGUGAGAUGUGAUCAAAGACUGAGGGAAACACCUCACUUGCAGGAAUGGACUGCUGAUUUGGACUUAGUUUCUUUGAAUAAAAACUUGAGAGUUCAUCAUCAUAGUUCGUUAUUUAUUAUUUAG